AUGGGAGCCAUCAGUGUGCAAAGGAAAAAAAACGUUUCACCGAAACCAAAACCGGUUUCAAGUGAUUUUGAAAAGGAUCAUGAUUCAGCAUCAGCUUCCAAAGAGAAGAUAGACAAGAAGAAGGAAAAGAGCAAAAGGAAGAAAAGCCACAAAGCAGGACCAUCAAAGGAUGAAGAUGGAACGCCGUAUAAUUACAUUGUAGUUUUGGAUGCAGGCUCAACUGGAACGCGUGUAUAUGUGUACACAUAUCUAGAUGCUGGAUAUAUGGUGAAGCACGAAUUACUAUCGGGUGGAAAAGCGAUAACAGGGAUUGAGAUAGCGGGAAAUUUACCUUACGUGCAUCAGGAUAGUGGAUAUUGGAGCAAGAAGACACGCCCGGGUCUUUCUUCAUUCAAAAAAGACAUAAAGAAGUACGGUGAUAGUACAGAGCAUCUCGCAUCCCGAAUAGGCAAGAAAAGCUUAAAGAAGUUGCUAAGUAGAGCACGGAAAGUUGUUCCGAAAGACCAGCAAUAUAGAACACCGAUAUUCCUCCAUGCUACGGCAGGUGUACGGUUGUUGGAUGCGUCGGAUCAGGAAGCUUUGAUGAGUGCAACGUGUUAUUACAUCAAGACCCACUCGAAUUUCUAUCUUCCGGACUGUGAGAGUCACGUGCGCGUGAUAGAUGGGGAGGAGGAAGGGUUGUAUGGAUGGAUUACAUUAAACUACUUGUUGGGAAAGAUGCGGGCUGAUGAGGAGAGGCAGGUUGGAUUUUUGGAGAUGGGCGGUGCAUCUACACAAAUGUGUUUUGAGCCACAAGAAAACGAGAUUGCCGAGCAUGAGAAGAGCCUAAUGGGGUUAAGGCUUGGCACUGUCGGAGUUACGGAGCCUGAAAUGAAGUUCAAGGUGUACUCGCAUUCAUUUUUGGGCUAUGGGUUAAGGCAGAUGCAUCUGGAUUACUUGAAGAUGCUCAUAGGGCAGAAUUCGGUAUCUGGAGAAGAGGGGAGUGAUGAGAAGAGCACAAUUCAAAUUGAAGAUCCAUGUGCACCGGGCGGAUAUCGGACGAAAGUCGAACUUGAAAGUAAAAAGUGUAAAGUUGUAGGAUCCGGCAAUGAAGAAAAGUGCAGAGAGCUGGUGUAUAAGGCAUUUGCAAUAAAGGAAACUACAGGGGAGGAGUGCUCGGCCGAGGAGCAGAAGGAGGUGUCAAAAUGUCUUUUGAGCGAAAAUAUGCCGGACUUCAGUUUUGAUUAUGAAAACUUCUUCGGUGUAUCCGGGUACUGGGAUACGAUAUCCGAGCUUUUAGACCUUGAAAAUGAGGGAAAGGAUCCAUCGAAGACGGAAUUUCAAAAGUACGGCAAGAUCUACUCGUAUCCAGAAAUAGAGAAAGAGGUGUCGAAGGUGUGCUCUUUGAACUGGGAGCAGCUUAAAGAUUACCGGGAUGAGGAUGAAGAUGAGUUGGCAGACUUGUGCUUCAGGUCCACAUACAUUGUGAAUCUUCUUCACAACGGCUUGGGACUACGAAGAGACAAUUCAUCCGAUUCUUUCCAGGUCAACGAUCAGAUUAAUGGUGUUGAUUUCACGUGGACACUUGGCCGGGCAGUUCUAUAUGCUAGUGAUGAGUCUGUGGCACAAAUUCAGGCUUUAAAGAGAGAUAAUAAGCCUGAAUCCGGCUAUAAUCGAGUUGGAUACUACACAAGCACCAACCAGAGCGUUUUUAUUCGCGGAUCGGAGCCUGUAGGUGUUGCUUUAAGGCCUGAAUACGGGUUUCAGGGUGGUUCUUUGCUUUUGGAGAUAGUAUGCGUACUUCUUAUUUUUGCGUUGAUGUUUUUGUUCUUGUGGAAGAGAAUAGCUGUUUUCAAGAUGAUCCGGACGAUCGUCUCGUGGGUGAGACGACACAGAUCGAAGAAGUAUGUGAAGUUGGAUGAAAAUGACACGCCGUUUGAUGUUGAACUUCAAGAUCUUGAGGAUGACGAAGAGGGGUUGGCCAAAUGA